AUGAGGAGCCGCUUGAAGAGGACAUACAUUUACAUAAAGUCAAAUUUGAACAAUAUAUCGUCCAUAGCAAGCAUUAUAUGCCUGAUCGAUUGUAUUUUAAUUCCGCUGAUCACCGUCCUCAUUUCUAUCUAUGAUGUGGUCAUUGGUUCUCAGAAUGGCCACUCAAGUGGGGGCGAUGACGACCACGACCACGCGCAUGGAUGGGAAGAGAUAGUAGAGAGGAUAGCGCUGUACGUGAUGACACCGAUAAUUUCGAUCACGACCAUUUACAACUUUAUUCAGCUGAAAAACAUGUACCUUCUGCUCACGACGCUCCUGGGAAUCGCAUUGUUUGUUCUGUCUCAUGCGCAUAUUAACUUUGGCAAAGAAAAUGUAAAUAAGUUUAUAAAAUCAGUUCAUUUGCCAAUGGCAAUAUUUGCGGCAAUUUGCUUAAUAGGCACAAAUUAUGUAGCGCACAAACUUUUAAAAUCGAAAAACUUAGAUAGUUGUUGUAACCACAAAAAACUGAAAAAUCAUUUGACUCCACAAUCGUCCACAACAGAUCAUGCUUUAGCAAUGAAUGAGGAUAAUAAUGAUAUGCAUAAUCACGCAUGCAAUAAUGGCCAUGUUACAAAUAUGGAAAAAUAUUAUCAUAUUGGAUUUCAGCAGAAUAAUGAACAUGAAUUAGUUAGAUUUUUGUGA